AUGUUUAUUCUACUUCCACUUGCAUUGCUUGCCAACGAUUGCGUUGAUCUUCUCUCAUGUAUUUGCGCCUUCUUUCAGUUUUUUUCUUCGGGACUUUCCCUGACACUUCGUUGGCUACAUCCAAUUCUUGACAAUCAAGUCAACAAACCUUUUGUCACACCUUGGAUUCGAUACCUCCUCAAUCCCAACCAGACUUUUUGGGAUCUCCGCCUCCUUCUUGUUUUUCCACGUCUGCGGGUUUCAUUUUUACGAGCAAAGACCAGUGGGCUCUCUACUAUCCUAUCUGCCAUAUACUCUCUCCAUCGCGACUUUUCUUUACUUACACCUAGCCAUCCUACCUGUCUUUCUCUCAAGUUGUUGGAUGUAGUAAUUUACAAAGAUCCAUUUACCCAGGAUACUUCUGGCUGGAAAAUCCGUAUGGUGGCUGAUGUAUUUGUAUCCGAUUAUAACCUAUAUGACGUUCGCCCGCGACUCCCAUCAGAAAGGACUAACUUGACUUACCUGAUUGAAAAGCUGCUUCACGACCUUGCUAAGGAUCUGGCAGAAUUGGCUUUAUUAUUUUGGCGGUCAAAUUUGCUCCCAAGAGAACACUCCGACCUACUGCCUCCCACUCGCCCUCUUGUCAUUGACUGUACACCUUUUGUCUCGGCCCUCCAAAAUGGCCAUAAACGAUGGAGCGAUCUCUUCUCAAGACGUUUCUGGAAUUUAUGUCGAGACCCUUCUAGCUUGCCAUCUUUACGUUGCCCUCUGCGCCUUACCCGGUGGAAACUUUUGUGGUCCCUUCCUAUCCAUUAUACAGCCCGAAAUAUUUGGCACCGGGCUAUUCAAAACACCUUGUCCUGCCAAGUAACACUUCACCACCGUGCUUCAUCCAUCUUUCCCACAUCUACGUGCCACAUGUGCACAGCUAAUAACGACACGCUCACUCAUUUUAUUUACCAAUGCCCGCACAAAUGGUCUGUAUGGGAAAUUUCGUGGGAACGAUAUUUUGGUCAAACACCAUUGCCGGGUGACGUACACCGUGCACUAUUCUGCUUUGAUCUUCCCGCUCACUCGCUCCCAUACGUCCAUGUCCAAUCCUCUCAGGUUGUCAGCAGCAUAAUUUUAACAAUAUGA